AAAUUACAAAUCGAGAAACAAAAGAAAAAGAAAACGAGGGUUUCAAAAAUUUCAUUACAAUCGGAGUCUCCUCCCGUUUCACAAAUUCCGACCCAACCCCAUUUGCCUCCACAUCUUGAAGCUCUAUCUUUAUUAUACAUACACAUAUACAUACAUUCACAGGAGGUGAUUGAGUGAGGGCUGAUGGAUUUGGAUCUGUGGAUUUCAAAGGUUAAAGAAGGCCAACACUUGUCUGAAGAUGAGCUUCAGCUGCUCUGCGAAUAUGUUAAGGACAUUUUGAUUGAAGAAUCGAAUGUGCAGCCUGUUAACAGUCCAGUUACAGUUUGUGGUGACAUUCAUGGUCAGUUCCAUGACUUAAUGAAGCUUUUUCAGACAGGAGGUCAUGUACCAGAUACAAAUUAUAUUUUUAUGGGAGAUUAUGUUGACCGCGGAUACAAUAGUCUUGAAGUGUUUACAAUUCUGUUGCUUCUUAAAGCAAGAUAUCCUGCAAAUAUCACUCUUCUUCGUGGUAAUCAUGAGAGCAGGCAACUCACACAGGUCUAUGGAUUCUAUGAUGAAUGUCAAAGAAAGUAUGGAAAUGCUAAUGCUUGGCGGUAUUGCACUGAUGUUUUUGAUUAUCUAACUUUGUCAGCAAUCAUAGAUGGCACGGUACUCUGUGUUCAUGGUGGCCUUUCUCCAGACAUUAGAACCGUAGAUCAGAUUAGAGUUGUUGAUAGAAAUUGUGAAAUUCCACAUGAAGGCCCUUUCUGUGACCUGAUGUGGAGUGACCCUGAAGAUAUCGAAACGUGGGCUGUCAGUCCUCGUGGUGCUGGCUGGCUGUUUGGAUCCAGGGUUACUUCAGAAUUUAACCAUAUCAACAAACUUGAUCUGGUUUGUCGAGCCCACCAACUUGUGCAAGAAGGUCUUAAGUACAUGUUUCAAGACAAAGGACUUGUAACUGUAUGGUCUGCGCCAAAUUAUUGUUACAGAUGUGGAAAUGUUGCCUCGAUACUUAGCUUUAAUGAGAAUAUGGAGAGGGAUGUGAAAUUCUUUACUGAGACUGAAGAAAACAAUCAGAUGCGAGGUCCCAGAACAGGGGUACCUUAUUUCUUGUAAGUGAUAUCUGUUCGUCUUGUCAACUGUGAGAUGGUUUCAGCACUUGAUUAUUGCUGCUCCAGUCGAAGAGAUUAAAGAAGUUACUUUGAUUAGAACUGCGACUGCGUGGAUAACUAGCCACAUAAGAUGGGAACUGUGCUUGAUAUCUGUGAUUUUGGAUAGCUGACCUGUGUAUUAAAAGAUUCUUUAGUGGUCAACUGUUUUGCUCAUUUCAAGUUUCGUAAUUAUUUAUAUCGAUGUUACAUUGUAAUUCACUUUUGGAUCAAAAGUAUAAAAUCUUAGAUUACUCUCGACAA